AUGUCGGCUGCAGCAGCAACCUUCGCCCGCACGACGGCUCGCCCCGUCUUCCGAUCCGGCCAGAUCGCCGCCCAGGCUCGCGCCGCCUUCCGUCAGCAGCAAUGGAAGCAGCAUGCCGGCAGGAGGUGGCAGAGCAGCGCCGCCCCGGAGGCUGAGGCCAACCCAAGCUGGUUCAAGCGCAUGUGGGACAGCCCGAUUGGUAUCAAGACUGUGCAUUUCUGGGCUCCCGUCAUGAAGUGGGCUGUCGUCCUCGCCGGUGUGUCCGACUUCUUCCGCCCAGCAGAGAAGCUCUCGCUCACCCAGAACGCCGCCCUGACGGCAACGGGCUUCAUCUGGACCCGCUGGUGCUUGAUCAUCAAGCCCAAGAACUACCUUCUCGCUGCCGUAAACUUCUUCCUCGGCAUCGUCGGCACCAUCCAGGUCUCCCGAAUCCUCAUGUACCAGGCUUCUCAGAAGAAUGCCGUCCUUCCGGCCAUUGAGGAGAAGGUUGAGGAGGUCAAGGAUGCUGUCAAGUCUUCUUAG